AUUGUACUAACUAUAUAAAUUAAUCAAAUUUCGAACAAAUUUUCUUUUCUUUCCCUCCUUUUCCCCCUCUUUAUAUUGUUGGCGGUGAAAAAAAUUAUGAAAAAAAUCCAACAAGAAGAAAUCAUAAUUCAGCAGAGAUGGGUGAUGAAGAAAUCAACUACCUCCAAAAAAUCCAACAAGAAGACAACAUCUGCGACUCCAUGCACCACCUCUCCACCGCCUGCGACCAACACCCCGCCGCCGCCGCAUGCGGCAACUCCGGCAAGAGACAGUCUCCGCUGUCCCGAUCCCUUUUUCAAGAACCGCUUCCCAAAAGGGCCACUUUCAACUCCCCCUCCUCCGCCGCCGGCUACAAGAAACUCUCGCUUCCUCGCUAUUCCGCCGCCGCGCCGCCGCUCCUCCGCGCGAAUUCCGAGCCCAUAUAUUCUCCGUGCACCGCCAAUUCUGCGGCGGCGCCUCCGCAAUCGUCGGAGUUUCCUACUUCUCCGGUUCCAAUCAGGAUCCAGCCGCGCCAAGAAAUGUUGAAUGUAAAUGUUGAUCAAGAAUCAUAUCAACUUCAGGAAAACCUGCGGCGGCCUUCUCUAUGCCGCACAGUGUCCGCUCCGAUUCCCGCCGGCACUCCGCCGCGUCCGCCGGCCAGGAGGAACCCUAGUUCAAGGUCUCCCAACUCCCAUACCAAGAGGUUGAAGAGAAUCAAAAAGCGGCUGAGAGAGAUUAGCGAGUGGUGGAAUCAAGUCGCCAGUGAAGACGACGACGAUGACGAAAAUCUUGAAUCUGAAAAUGUCUUCACUGAUAAGGAAGAGUGUGAAGAACAAGUGGAAAGUCCGUUAGAAGAAGAAGCUGUGCUUGUGGAGAAGACGGGAGAAUGCCUAGCCCUCCAUUUCAAGUGCCCUUGUGGUAAUGGUUACCAGAUUCUGCUUUCUGGAAACAACUGCUACUACAAACUCACGACUUUUUGAACAUCUUCUUCUUCCCACGAAACCUUUGAUCUCGAAGAUUUUCUGGUCUUCGACUGACUGACUGACUGCACGAGCUAAACAUUAGAUAUAUGUGCUCGGUCUCUUCUGUAAUCUAGAGCUCAUACGUACAUAUCUUGUGAUUUUGCUGUACAAACAAUAUUGCUAGAAUACUAUGAUUCAAGAUAUUUUGUUUGCUUAGGCUCAGUUUAUACUUUCUUUGAUUUGUUUUGUUUGCUGAUAGAAAUGUAAACUUGUUAAAAUCAGCUAAAUUUAGCAUUGUGAUUUUGCUGUU